UUACAGAUCUCAUCUGAUAAAACUAAAAGAUUGAAGAAGAAAGAACUUGAUGAUAUAGAUUCUUUAGCUGUAAAGGAUUUCCCACCAGAGACCUUUAAGUCAUUUACAGAAAUGCCGUUAAUAGAAGAACACCAGGAAUCAACUUUGCUCCAGCUAAAUGAAGAAAUGGUUGAAGCAUCAGAAGAAUCAGGAGCAAAGGACACUGAAGGCCUUUUCAAGGCACCAAGUGAAAAUCCAAAUGAAGAUAAUGAUUUGCUGCCAGAAGAUGAGGCACCUAUAAUGGAGCAAGUUGCAGUCAGUGGGAGACAUAAAUCACUUUAUAUCUCUACAAUGCCACUUGAUGCCUUGACUUUAAUUUCAAGAACACAAUCUGAAAUUGAGACUCUUGAGGCCAUCAAAUACGAGAAUGUUCUUAAUGAAGGUGAAGAGCAAGAUAAAAAAGAAGGCUCAGACAGAAGAAAAUCAAAAUCAAAGAGAAAAAAAAGUUUUAAGCCUGAGAGACUGUCUACUCAUGAGGAAGAAUCAGAUAGAGUGUACUAUGAAGAAGCAACAGAAGCGAAAGUUCCAUCAAAGAAGAAAGCCUCUGAUGCACAUGGAUAUGAAGUGCUUAGCUCUGAGAGAAAAGUCUCAGCCUCAAAGGCACAUAUAAAAAACCAAAGAACUCACAAAAGAGGAAGAGGCAGUGCUCACGAGGAGUAUUCAGAUACAGUGUAUGAAGAAGCAACAAAAGUGAAAGUUCCAUCAAAGAAGAAAGUUCCUACUAAAGGUCAUAUUGAAACAAGUAGUUCUGAGAGUCAAGGCUCAAUCACAAAAUCAGACACAAAAACUCAAAAGAAGGGAAGAAGCAGUGAUGCUGAUAGAGCACUUAGACCUGAGAGUCAAGGUUCGAUCUCAAAAGCAGUCACAGGAAUAAAGAAAGAAAGAGCUAAAAGAGAAAAGACCAGUGGUACAAAGGAAGUGCCAGACAACAUCCUUGAACAUCAAGAGUCAGGAUUAAAAUUUGGAAUUCAGGCAAAGAAGCUAAAGAUAGUCAAAUCUGAAAAUAUUCACAGUGAAGAAUCAGAUGUUAAGCUGGAGGAUCAAACGGUACCAUCAAGUUCCCAAGUCCAGUUAAAGAAGAAAAAGUCUUUGGGAGGAGAUGUAUUUACUAUUCAUUUUGCAGUACCAGAUGAAAGUCGUGCUUCAGAAACACAGAUGCAAAUGGAAAGAGGAACAACUUCUGGCACUUCGAGACUCACUACAAUUCCUUUAGAACAUUUCAAAAAAGAAGCCUCACUAGACCAUCUAUUUCCUGAGAAGAAACUUUAUAUAACCAGAACCCAGUCUCAGACCAAGAAACAACACUCUCUUUGGGAUAAUAUUACAGGGAGUCAGAAAAAAUCAGCACAAUCAGAACCUCAGACAGAGCUGCACCCAACAGUGAGUGACAUCAUAUUUCACUUGGACAUGGACAGAGUGGUUGAGACUCACCUAGAAAACUUGGAAGAGACCACUGCAGUACAUGAAUUAAGAAGUGAACUUGAGACUGGCACAGAUACAAAAAAUAUACCUGCAACAUCCAAAUCAAAGGAAUCAGUGAAAACAGAAUCGAAGAAUAUGAUUGCUCCGAUUGUUAAAGGCAUGAAACUAAUUGAAAAACUGAAAGUUCAACAGGAUCAGAGUUUAUUGGAAAACAAACCUCAAGAAAAUAUGCGUGACAGGUACCACUCACUCAAGAAAUUUCCAACAAAAGUGAUCAAUAUGUCACCCUUCUCCACUAAAGAAAAUCUCUUCGGAAGUACUUCAGCAGAUGUACCUCCAACAUCAGUUUAUAGAACAUCUAGAAAUUCACGCCUCUCAGAAUCCUUACAGCAAUUACUAAACAUAAAGUCUACAGGGCAUCUGAAACCAGACAGUAAAAAAGAGCAAAGUGAUGAACUUGAAAAACGCCAGCGUAUUUCAGAUAAAUCUACAAAUAAACAAACACAUAAAGGGCAUCUGAAACCAGACAGUAAAAAAGAGCAAAGUGAUGAACUUGAAAAACGCCAGCGUAUUUCAGAUAAAUCUACAAAUAAACAAACAUAUAAAGGACAGUCUAAACAUCAGAAGUUAAAGACACAAGCUGUUUUGACAUCUACCAGAAAGCAGAGACAUAAAGAACAACCUAAACCUGAAACAACAGUUGAAAACAAUGAAAAUCUGACCACCUCUCCUCUAAAUAUCAAAAUCAUGAAAGAGAUAUCUAAAACUUUGAAUUUAGAUGGUGGAGAUAUUGAACUUUCAGACCAUCUGUUCAAGACAAUAUCUGCUGUAAAGAAACUUGAGAAUAAAGAGCUUUCUAAAACCAAAAACUUAGACAAGGGAAAUUCUGAAGAUGUACAAGUUCUGUAUAUGACAACCUCUGCUAUAAUGGAACUUUUGUUAAAAGAGCAAGCUAAAAUUAGGAGCUUAGAGAAGAAAUUAGUUAAAGGAUCAGAAAUUCUGUACAAAUCAGCCACUUCUAUGACGAAGUUUUUCCUUGAAGAGCCACCUAAAGAGAAUAAAAAGAAAAGAAAGGAAAGAAAGAUUGUUGUUAAAAGUCCACACAUUCUGCCUGUCACUACUACACAAAAGCACACGCUCAAAGGUAAAGGAGUGUGA